CCUCCACGCCGCGAGCCCCUAAAUAAACGCAGAUGCCCGACUCCGAGCCGAAGAAGUACCGACUCCGCGUGGACGUGGCCAAGCCGACCGAGCUCUACAAGCCCUCCUUUGGCCCAUCCCGCAUCUCGCCCGGGCCGUCGUCGGGAAAGGGGCCUCCGAUGGGCGGCGCGGCGUCGUUCGAGGAGGGGCGGGCGGCGGAGCCGGCGAUGAUCCGCGCGCUCGACGGCAAGCGCAGCCGCAAGCCCGUCGACCGGAUGCCCGCCGGCGGCGAUGUGCGCGUCGACCUCUACGAGGCAAACGGCAGCCGCGUCGUGACGCGCGUGCUGUCGCGGCGCGUGCACGAGGGGGGCGCGACGUCGUACCUGGUGGUGUGGGGCGCGGCGCACGUGACCACCGCCUCGUGGCACCCGAAGGCCUCCCUCAUCGCCCACGCCGCCGCCAACGCGCCGCUGCUCUCGCAGUUUGAUGCCGCCGUGCGGCGGGUGCGAGGGAUGAGCAUGAGAGAGCUGGAGGUGGCGGCGAGCUCGCUCAGCACGCUCGGCCUCCCGAACGCAACCUACUUCCAGGGCAUCUCCUCCCGCGGCGCCGACGGCUCGGUGCGGAGGCCGGCGUGCGGCCCUCCCCCGCCAAAGGGACGCGCGCCCGCGCCAAAGGGCGGCGGGCCCGCCGCGAAGAAGCAAAAGGACAGGCCGCCGCCCGCAGAGAGGGGGCCGUCUGGAGCGAGCGCAGAGUCGCCGCCGACGAGCACGCACGACGAGCCGUCGAGACCUCGAGAGCCGGCGCGGCCGGCGCCGCCGACGCCGUCGCUCUCGCGCCACGGCCUCUCGAAGGGCCUCCGCUCCUUUCUGCGCGCGCGGCUCGCUAACCCAGAAGCGGAAGACGUGUACUCAUGUCUCCCAACCAGCGCCCGAGAGGACACGCACUCCGCCGUCUUCCCCCGCAUUCCACGGCUCGCGAGCCGAGGCGCCGACGCCUACGCCGCCGGGCAGCAUGGCUCGGGGCCUCACCUGGCGGCAGGCCAACACCUGCUCGGCAGCGCUGGCGCAGAGGCGCAGCAGCAAGCGCAUCAGACGAUGAUGCUGAUGCAGCUGCAGGGGCAGUCGGGCCAGCCGCCGGCGGGCCCGGCGGGGUCGCAGCAGCGGGCGCUGCAGCUGCAGGCGCUGCAGCAGCAGCAGCAGCAGAUGCUGCAGCACUGGAGCCAGGCCGGGCAGAUCCACUGGUUGGGCCCGUUCAUCGGCGGGCAGCCGCCAAUGCCGCACCUGGCGCGCUCGGCGCCGAAGCUGCCGCAGCUGCGUCUGCCGCCCGUGGCGUCGGCGACGCCGGUUCAGCUCGGUCCGGCGGCGUUCACGUCGCAGCGCCAGUCGGCCCUCACGCUGGAGGGUCUGACAAAGUCUCGGCCCGCGUGCGGCCUGGCCCUCAAGCCCAAGGGCGUCCUCCUCCCCACCGCCCCGCCCGGCCACUCCUACGCCGUCGGCCCGCGCAGAGGCGCCUACCUCGUGCUUCAGCCCGCGCCUCGCUCGCAGGCGCCGCGGCUGUCGGCGUCGACCUCCGCAGAGGGCGGCGCGUCGCGGAGCAGCGAGGCCUCCGCAGAGCGGGGCGCGGCCUCUGCUGGCGAGGCGUCCGCGGCGGGGCAAGCGGCGGGGCAAGCGGCGGGGCAAGCGGCGGGGCAAGCGGCGGGGCAAGCGGCGGGGCAAGCGGCGGGGCAAGCGGCGGGGCAAGCGGCGGGGCAAGCGGCGGGGCAAGCGGCGGGGCAAGCGGCACCGUCCGCCUACCUCGUCCCGACGCCGGACGGGGGCUACGCGAUGGCGCCCACCUUGCGCGGCGCGGUGGACGCGGCGGCGGCGGGCGCGGGCAGCGCGGCGCCGGCGCCGGCGCCGCCCCUCGAUCCGGCGGCGGUAGCGGCGGGGCAGCCGGGGCAGCCGGGGCAGCCGGGCGCUGCGGGGCAGGGUGGCGCGGGCGGCCAGGCGGCGAGGCAGCAGGAGGCUCCUACGGGUGCGUCGGCCGAGCGAGCAGGCGAGGCGGUCGGCAUGGCGGUGGAGAUGGGGGCGACGUGACCGUUUGCGCCCACUUAGCGUCCGGAAAACGCGGGGAGCGGCGGUGGCGGCGCUGUGUCAUUUUGGCUUGGCGGGUUGCGGGGGGCCGCAGCGAUAAAGCCGUACGGGCCCACACGCAAACGCUGCAUCUCCGCUCUCGCUGGCGCGCGUUACUCUAUGUGUAUUGAUU